AUGGUUAACGAACGGUUGAUUUGGUGGGCGGAACACACAAAGAAAGUACAUGUUACACAAAACGGAUUUAGGAGAGGAAAGUCAUGUUUGGACAAUUUGGGUAGACUAUUGGCGGACAUACGUACAGGGAUACAUGAGGAUAGCUACUCUUUGGCGGCUUUUUUAGACGUAACGGCGGCUUACGAUAACGUGGACUUGACCAUAUUAAGGGAGCAUCUAUGUAAUAUGGGUUGUCCGAAAAAAAUUUUAGACUUUUUGAAUAAAUGGUUAUCCACAAGGGAGACUGAAUUUAUAAUAAGUGACACGGAAUCAAGAAUUUUAAAAGUUAGUAAGGGCCUUCCUCAAAGGGUCGUGUUGAGCCCUCUGUUAUAUGCGCUAUACACGAGACUCAUAGCAAACGAUAUAGGCGUUUAUUGUAAGAUCCUGCAGUUCGCGGACGAUAUUGUAAUUUACACGAUCGGAAAAAAUAGAGAAAUAAAUCGCCGCAAUUUAGAAGAUGCGGUUAAUCGCGUUGCGCAGAAAUUAGUGGGAUUAAACUUGGAGCCAAAAAAGACCAAUCUGGUAGAAUUCUCAAAAGCUGGUUGGACAGAUAAGAAUAUGUAUAUAAAAAUUGCCAAUGUGAAGGUGUUCAAUACUAAUAACGCAAGAUUUUUAGGCAUUGAUUUUGACAGUCGCACUAAUUUCAAGGCACACAUCCAGCAAAUUAGAGGUAGAAUGAAGAGGGCGAAUGCUGUUGUGAAAUACUUAUGCAGAGUCUCUUGGGGUGUAGAGGUCAACACAGCACUUAUGCUGUAUAAAAGUAUGGUUAGAUCCGUAUCAGAUUACGGCAGUUUUAUUUAUGCUCCUACGGACAAAGAAUACAUUUUAAAGCUUGAAAGAGGGCAAUAUGCGGGUAUCAGAACGGCAUUGGGUUAUCGAAAUUCUACGCCAAAUAAUGUGAUAAUUGCGGAAGCUAAAGUAACAUUAUUAAAGGAUAUGGCGUUAAUGCUGGCUAGGAACUGGUGUCUGAAAAACUAUAAAUAUGGUGAUUUAGGCGUGAGGAACAGCAUGAACAAUUUGAUAAAAAUGGAAAGUUUGGCGUGCUAUAGGAACCCUCUAUAUAAAAAAUCAAUGCUGGGUAGAGCGUGGAAAGACAUAAAAAAUAUAGGGGAUAAAGUAGGUAAUAAUGAAAAUACGUAUGAGAUUUGGCAAAUGGACUAUGCGGUAUUGACUGAAGAUUUAGAAAUAGAUUUAGAGUUCGGGAAAGAAUAUCAGGAUAGGGAAAAAACAAAGGAAAGAUAUGUGGAGGGCUGGAUCAUGAACGAAGAGGACAGAAAAAUGAGAAGACGAUUAUGUACUGAGAAAAAUCUGAUCUCGUCUAAGACAGAGAUGAUAUAUACAGAUGGAUCGAAACCUAAAGGCGCACAGGCAACAGGUGCAGGGAUAGCGUCGGAGCGUCGGGAGAUCGCCUACUAUGUGAGCUUGCCUAGCGAAUGUUCUUCAUUCACGGCGGAAGCCUUUGCAAUUAAAUCUGCACUUGAAAUUGAAUUGUCAAAAUUGGACAAAGGCAAUCUUACGCUGGAUAAUUAUUGUAUUAUGUCAGACUGUCAGGCUGUGAUAAAAGCUGUGCAUUCAAAUACUUUGAAUGUAUAUGUAAAUAAGUAUAUAUUAGAUAUUAAAAAUCUAGUUUAUAAGCUAAAACAUAGAUUUAACAAACGUACUAUUAUGGUAUGGAUUCUGAGUCAUAGAGGAAUUGCUGGCAACGAGGUGGCGGAUCAAUUGGCAAAGGAUGGAGCUAAAGAAAGGCCUGCGCAUGAGAUUGAAGUCCCGAUACAUGACAUACGUAGUUUAAACAAGGAAAGAGCAUAUAACGAUACGCAACAGUCGAUAGAAAUGGACGCUAGGUUUAAAGGACAAUUUUACUUUGAUAAUUAUUACAAGAAGCAUAAGAGAAAACCGUGGUUUCAUAAUUUUAAUGCUGAAAGAUACUACAUCACCCUUUUGAAUAGACUAAGAUCGAACCACUAUAAUUUGAAUGAGUCACUUGCGAGAAAAGGAUACGUCGAUAGCGAGCGUUGUGAAUGCGGAGGCGAGAGAGAGGAUAUAGACCACGUGAUAUGGAGUUGCCACAAGUACGACGACUUGCGUGAAAAAUUAGGCAUAGAACUGUCGAAGAGAAGAUUGGAGGGCAGGGAGAGCAUAUUUUCUUUGAUAGAGAGAGAGCAAUGGGAGAAGAUUGAUGUGAUAUUCACUGUGCUGCUGAAAAACAUAGGAAAGAUAAUAUAA